UGGCCCUCUGGGUAGACGAGGAUUUUCUUCUUGGUAGACGAGGUCGCUGGAAAAAUAUAGAAAAAAGGAAAAUGGGGCGGCUGUGCUCCACCUCAGUUUCAGCCUUUUCUUGCGGCGGCUGCUAUUACCAAUUCUUCUACAACUACCACCCUCCUGCCUCUGUUGAUAUUACGUGGCCGCCCAGGGGGUGUAGGGUUAACAGUAGUAUCAAAAAACGAAACAAUGCCCCAAUCAAAGCACUCAGUCCACUGCCAUACUGUUCUUCUACUUGCCUUGCUAUUUCUCCAUGCAAUGGAAAACCACCCAACAACAACUGUAACUACAAGUCCCUCCAUAAAUUUAUUGCCAAUUGUACUCCUUCUACUGAUACUGGUACUGAGUCUAUUGACACCGGGCUCCAAGAUUCGUCGUCGUUUCCCGCCGUUGAUUGUGUGGGGACAGGCCAGGACGUAGAGUGCGCGGUCUCUUCCUCAUCCUCCGAAGAAAUUCAACAACAAAGGACCGUUGGAGUGGAAUUGAUACAACAACAGCUGCAAGAAUGGACAGUAUUGGUCUCUCCCUUCUUCUUUUGGGGCACCUCUAUGGUGGCAAUGAAGGAGGUUUUGCCAAAGGCUGGCCCUUUCUUCGUCUCCUCCUUCCGCCUAAUUCCUGCUGGCUUUCUCCUCAUUGCGUUCGCCGCCUCUCGAGGCCGCCCCCUUCCAUCUGGCCUCACUGCUUGGCUAUCUAUUGCGCUUUUUGGCCUCGUCGAUGCCGCUUGUUUUCAAGGUUUUCUUGCUGAAGGUUUGCAGAGGACAUCUGCUGGCCUCGGCAGUGUUAUAAUUGAUUCACAACCUUUGACGGUGGCUAUACUUGCGGCCUUGUUCUUGGGUGAGUCCAUUGCGUUCCUUGGAGCUGCAGGGCUUGUUCUUGGUGUCAUUGGACUUUUACUUCUCGAGGCACCUUCGCUUUCUGUUGAUGGAAGCAACUUUUCAUUGUGGCAAAGUGGGGAGUGGUGGAUGCUUCUCGCAGCUCAGAGCAUGGCAGUUGGCACAAUCAUGGUGCGCUGGGUUUCCAAGUACUCUGAUCCUAUUAUGGCAACUGGAUGGCACAUGGUUAUUGGUGGUCUACCCCUUGUUAUGAUCUCCAUUCUUAAUCAUGAAAAUGCUGUUAGUGGAAGUCUAAUGAGUUUCACAGAAAAUGAUGCGUUGGCACUCCUUUAUACAUCCAUUUUUGGAAGUGCCAUCAGCUAUGGUGUAUACUUCUACAGUGCAACAAAAGGUAGCCUGACAAAGCUCAGCUCCCUUACCUUUCUGACCCCAAUGUUUGCUUCUAUAUUUGGGUAUCUAUAUCUUGGUGAGACCUUCUCACCCUUGCAAUUGGCUGGGGCCAUCAUUACUAUUGUUGCAAUAUACAUGGUCAACUAUAAAACCACUGUCGAAUGAAGCAUAUAGUCAACAGGGAUGCAUUGAACAUGUGAACGAGGAGAGGUAGUUAGGUUGAUUGGCAAGCUGGAUAUUGGCCCUCUCACUUUUGCAACUUGUGUUCUAUCUUCUAUAUUAAAAGAAGAAUUGUGAAAAAUAUACACCAGAAAGGAAAAAGGACAGAAAUUCGGACAUCUUACCAUUUAGUGUUACUAAAGUAGAGAGAAAGGGCCGAAUUGUUGCAAUCAUAUUCUCAGAGCAUAGCAUUUGGUUGCCUCUUAUCUCACUGCCAUAGCCACACCUACACCACAUGGUACGCUUGUAUACUCUGGCUGAACUCAGAAGCUGCAAUUAUGAAUUAGUCAUUUGCACGGAAAAAUUGUGUCUUGGUAAAGAUCUUAUUUGUAAAGGAGAGAGAUUGUCCUUCGUUAUUUGUACAGAAGUGAAUGAGUGUAUGUUGUAUUGAGGAUUUCCCCCGUGAGAUUGAAAUCGUUAAUAGUUUAGGUAUUCCCUCAAUGACAAAUGGAAAACUGGGCAGGCAAGGAGUGUAAAUUAUUUCGGAUUUGAUUGCUUUUUGCAUGUGUGAUUCUAAAAUAA